AUGUUCCCGAGGAGGAGGGAGACGGAAGGUUUCGGAGAAGAGGCCAGGGAGCCAACGACAGGUGACAAUAUCAGAGAGUUCUUGCUGAGUCUCAGAUAUUUUCGAAUCUUCAUUGCCUUGUGGAACAUCUUCAUGAUGUUCUGCAUGAUUGUGUUAUUUGGAUCUUGAAAAUCGUCCACAAACAUGUCUGAUAACUCGGAAGAGACUUUUUUGGCUGGAAACCUAACUUUUCUAUAAAGUAAAAGACCAUAAUGCUUUCAAAAUAUUGCCCUGGGAUUGUGGCUUGUUUUUCAGUACAAGCCCUAAGAUGUUAAA